AUGUCAAUACUUGCUUUGUCAACACGAUUUGUAUCCGGUGAUAUGGCCUCGCAGAUUGCGGACAGACCAUGUUUUGUUGUGGACUAUACAAAUUCCGCCAGAGAAUUGGUUAUGCAUCGAGUCACCCAUGGACCUGUCCAGCUCUCCACCAUCCAGGCUCUGUGCAUCUUGAGCUUGGUAGAAUUCAAUGAUGGAAAUACCCCUCGAGCAAGCACAUACAGCUCCUUGGCAAUGGACCUCUCUCUAUCCGCUGGCUUGUCUUCAGAGCAACCCAGAAGUCUCCCGGACCAGAUCUACGAAGAACGCCGUCGAUGCUACUGGAGUGUGGUGCUUCUUAAGAAUCUCUAUGGUUUUCCAAGCGGCUCUUUCUCAUUCUUGUCGAACGAGAGGACUCCUAAAGUUCCACAAAGCCCAGACCCACCCCUAGGAACCAGCUCCCAGAUGACUGAUUCAGCUUUGGAGCAGCCAGAAGGACCUAACAACGCCAGUGAACCCAGCGAUCUCGGCAUUGUUGCAUAUGCCAUCCAACUUAGUGAAGUUUGGCAAAGAGCUGCCAGAUAUGCACACCGGCGAGGAAAACCUGACAACCUUCCAGCGUGGUCCACGCAGUCCGAAUACUCCCAAAUCAUGGCUCAGCUAAUGGACCUCGAAACACGUCUUCCUUACAAAUAUCGCUUUCGGCCUGCAAAGUUCGCGGAUCAGGAUUCCGAUCAACUGAAGAAGCACCGUAGUUUCUGGGCAGCUUGGGUUCAACUUCAAAUACUUUAUCACACUAUCCUUUGUCUGCUCAACCACCCUCUCUUGUUGUCUCUUCGUCUCCGAAGCUUUAGGUUGACAAUGGUUCCCGAGGUUUUCCUACAACAUACAGCAGAUUUGACCACGACACAUACCGAAUGGGUCACCCAUUUGAUCAACCUGUGCCAGCAAAAGGAAUUCACCCUUUCUGACCCAUUUCUGGCACAUUGUGCCGCUGCUGCUGCCACAAUCUAUUUGCAGCAAAGCUAUUCUGACGACCCAGGGGUGCGCGCCACAAAGAAAGAUCAUUUUCGUACAUGUGUCUCUUUCGUUCGGGAUAUGGGUUCAUAUUGGCCUUAUAUUCACCAAUUGGCAGAUAAAAUCGAGAGUUUCGAAAACGUGGUUUCGACUUCUUUCUAUAAUGCCGCAGCGCGGAAUACUCCGGACUCUCACGUUUUCAUUGAUUUGUCCCUGUUUUGGGACAUUAUAGAAUCAUCAUUUGUCAGUGAACUACCCAAAGCCGCCGACUCAUAUUUCGGCCCCUCUCUCACUCUACAUCGUCAAGCCUCUUAUUCGGCAGAGGUCCUUCGAAGUCGUCUCCUACCUGAACCGACGCGCCUCAACCAUGAGGGCGUUACUCGGAUGCUUGAAGACCAUGAGGCUGUAUCUUCAACGCAUGUUCCUAAUCCUGCGCAGAAUUCGGCCGACAUAUCAGCCACGGAGUUUGCACCGCCGCCGGAUGACGAAGUUGCGAUUCUAGCCCAAAAUUAUUUUGCUCAAGGACAAGAUUUUGUUGGAAGCAUGGAUGACUGGUGGUUCUCCGGCCAACCCGGCUGA